GUCUCAGCGCGCAGCCCGAAGACGGCUCUUUACCUGUGAUAGUGCUGCUGGGGAUUUUUUUGACCAGGUAGAUGACCAGGAGAUGGUGGUAGUGGCCUCACAAGCAGAGGAACAACUUUCUCAAAAUAACUGGCACUUGGCAUGCGCCAGUCCCCAGUCAAAGAAAAAAUGAUAUUUAAAGGUGUAUGCACUGCUGCGCCAGUUCCAGCCCCAGCCCCUGCUCCUCCAGUGGUGUGGACUCCUGUGUCCCAGCCACCUGCAGAGCUGCCGAGACACUGGAAGGAGCAGCUUCCUUCAUUCCAGCAGGACUGGAUUAGGAAGGCUCUGUUCAGGGCCAACACAAAUACAGGGAAGCUGGAGUUGAUGCCCAAUCCUGUAUUCUGGUGGUAUCCCCCUCAGCCGCCGAAUGUCUUCACCCAGCCUCCUGCCUCUCCUGACGUCUUCUUCUGUCGCCCUCUGUUUCUCUGGAUGCCGCUGAAGAUGUGGUCCAUUCCACUCGUCUGUGUCCAGCCAGCCUGCAAUAACCACAGGCUGACAGCCGCUGGCCUUUAUCGCACUGUUCGCAAGGUCCUGGACAUAGAUGGGUGGUAUGACAUGGCCACGGAGUACCUGGAGUGCAAAGGAUGCAAGAAGAAGUACCCGGCCUGGUCUGACGACAUCCUGGCACAGCUCGACAUGGGGCACCGUAGAAAAUUCCCCGCCAUUCUGACAUACAGGUACUCGUGUGAUCACCGUGUGGUCAUAAUGAUGCGGGAGCGGACCCAGGGCAACAGUGUCACGCAGCUUUACAGAAAGCUGCAAGAAGAGCACAGUGCAGCGUGGACACGGUGCACGCUGGAGUACCUCACUGCCUGCGAGCCCUUCGCCGACUCCUCCAUGACUGAGCCUCCAGUUUUCUCUGCACCCCCGCCACUCCCAGCCCUUCCAAAACCCAAGUGGCUGUUGUCUGUGUACGCCAGGGACGUCCUCUCACGGCUACCUGAGGUCAAAGCCAAGAUAACCUCAGUCUUUGGCUCUGUCCUCAAGAUGGACUCCACUAAAAAGGUUACCAAAAAACUGGCUGGAGCAGCUGCUAACACUGCUGGCUGGUGCACCAACGUGGGCAAUGAACACGGCCAGAUUCUGGUGUCAGUGCUCACGGCUGCAGAAGGGCACGGACUGCGGCCCAUGGCAGCGGGUCUGGUGAGGAGGUACAGGGAAGCGGGAGUGGCACCACCCGCUAUCCUGUAUGUGGACAGAGACUGCUGCACUCCACAUGCACAGGGACAGUCGCUGGUCAGGACCAAGUUUGCUGAGUGGGAUGAGCUCCAAGUGCAUCUGGACAUCUGGCACUUCAUGAGGCGGUUUGCUGCAGCCGUCAUCACGGAAGCCCAUCAGCUUUACGGCAUCUUCAUGGCUCGACUCUUCAGGUGCAUCUUUGAGCUGGACCCAGAAGAUGUCACUGCUCUUCGGCUGGCCAAACAAGGGGAGCUGCGGGCCAGAGGAGCAGGUCCAGUCUCAGAGAAGGCCCUGGACAAGCUGAUCAGCAGGAAGGAGUUGGAACUGCACUGCCGCAAGAGGACCAGAGGCGUGGAGGAGACUACUAGGAGGAUUAAAUCACUAAUUGACGAGAUGGACAGCGAGAAGGGGAGGGACACUCUGGGUGUACCACUGCUGGACCACGAGCGUAUCCAACAGAUCUGGAUAGACCAGCAGAGGCACAUCGCUUGUAUUCAGGACCCAGAGGGCUUCCCUCUGUACAUGAAGACGGGGUCACUGAAGAAAGGUGGUGUGGAGCUCUGCUGCUAUCGCUGUGCUCGUGGCUCCACCUCAUUGGAGUCCUUCCACCUCCAUUUGAACCGCUUCAUCCCUGGGACCAGUGCCAGUGACGCUCACUUCCAGGCCUAUCUCCUGGAAGGUCUGAUGCGCUGGAACCAGGACAGAAUGGAACAUGCAGUGACAGGAAAACAUGAGCUGAGGACCUAUGACAGUGCUGAGAGGGAGGCCAUGGACCGGCUCAGCCGCAAGGUCCUGAAGAAGUCCUUGGACGAGUGCUUCCAGCGUCCGGGGGUUUACACAGGCAAGAAUAAUUCUUGUUAA